AUGCAAAAACGCAUGCGUAUGCGUAGCCAAGUAACAAGGUAUAUCCGUAACCAUUUAGAAGAAGACGGUUACUGGGAUAUCGAAACCCCAAUGUUGACCAAAGCGACACCAGAAGGUGCGCGUGAUUAUCUAGUACCUUCACGUACGCAUCAGGGUAGUUUUUUUGCGCUGCCACAAUCCCCACAAUUGUUUAAACAGUUGUUGAUGAUGUCGGGUAUGGAUCGCUAUUAUCAAAUCGUGCGUUGUUUUCGUGAUGAAGAUUUACGUGCAGAUCGUCAACCUGAAUUUACUCAAAUCGAUGUCGAAACCACAUUCAUGGAUGAAAAUGAUGUGAUGAUUGCGAUGGAAGAAAUGAUUCGCGACGUCAUGAAGGACGUAGAAUUUAAAGUUUUCUCUGGUCCAGCUAAUGACCCUGAUGGACACGAAGUCAUAACUGCCAUAAUUGAAAAAGCCGGUGUUAAAACAGGCGACAUCUUAUUCUUUGGUGCUGGUGAAACCAAUACCGUCAAUGAAUCGCUUGGCGCAUUACGCGUUAAGUUGGGUAUCGACAUGGGAAUGGUUAGCGAUAAUUGGGAACCACUUUGGGUCGUUAACUUCCCCAUGUUUGAGAAAAACAGCCAAGGUGAUUGGACAGCGUUGCAUCAUCCAUUUACGGCACCUUCUGUUGAUUCGAUUGAGGCCUUUAAAGCAGAUCCAG